AUGAAGACAGAGAAUCAUACGGCGGUGAGUGAGUUUGUGUUUGAAGGUUUCUCCAGCUUCCAUGAGCACCAGCUUACCCUCUUCGUUGUAUUCCUCUCACUCUAUGUACUAACCCUGGCAGGCAAUAUCAUCAUCGUGAUCAUCAUCAGCCUUGAUCGGCACCUCCACACGCCCAUGUACUUCUUCCUCAGCAUGCUAUCAGCUUCCGAGACUAUGUACACACUGGUCAUUAUACCAAAGAUGCUCUUUGACCUCAUGGGCCCCAAUAAACCCAUUUCCUUGGCAGGUUGUGCCACCCAGAUGUUCUUCUUCAUCACUUUGGCCAUCAACAACUGCUUCUUGCUCACAGCAAUGGGGUAUGAUCGCUAUGUGGCUAUUUGCAACCCAUUGAGGUACACCAUCAUCAUGAACAAGAAGGUGUGCAUCCAAUUAGUGUGGGGGGCCUGCAUCAUUGGUUUAAUUGUAGCCAUGAUACAGGUGUUGUCUGUGUUCAGGAUAUUGCCCCCGAUGCCAAGACUCAAUUUUACAGCUAUUACAGAGUUUACUUUCGAAGGUUUCUCCAUUUUUGGGUGGCGGCAUCGGCUUGUCCUAUUUGUGUUCUUUUUGCUCUUAUACCUGUUGACUCUGGCCAGCAAUGCUGUCAUCUUGACAGUUAUUCGCCUCAACCGUCCACUGCACACACCCAUGUACUUCUUUUUGAGUGUGCUGUCCCUUUCUGAGACCUGUUAUACUGUGGCCAUCAUCCCCCGAAUGCUGUCCAGUCUCCUGAUCCCCCAAAAAGCGAUCUCCCUUCCAGAGUGUGCCACUCAGCUCUUCUUCUAUCUCACUUUCGGGGUCAAUAACUGUUUUCUGCUCACAGCCAUGGGCUAUGACCGCUAUGUGGCCAUCUGCAACCCCUUGCGGUACACAGUCAUCAUGGGCAAAAGGGCUUGUGUGUACUUGGCAAGUGGAUCCUGGAGCAUUGGCCUGAGCACAGCCAUCAUCCAAGUGUCUUCUGUGUUCAGUCUGCCCUUCUGUCACGUCAACAUCAUUUCCCACUUCUUUUGUGAUAUUCGGCCCCUAAUGAAGAUUGCCUGUGCUGACACGACUAUUAAGGAGUUUAUCACUUUGCUCAUCAGUCUGUGUGUCCUGGUUCUGCCAAUGGUUCUGAUAUUCAUCUCCUAUGUCUUCAUUGUCACCACCAUCCUGAAGAUUGCAUCAGCAGAGGGCCGGAAAAAGGCCUUUGCCACUUGUGCGUCACACCUUACUGUAGUCAUUGUCCACUACGGCUGUACCUCCUUCAUCUACCUAAAACCCAAAUCCCAAAAUUCCCUGCAGGACAGACUUAUCUCUGUCACUUACACUGUUAUCACGCCCCUGCUAAACCCUGUUGUGUAUAGUCUAAGGAACAAAGAGGUCAAAGAUGCCUUGCUCAGAGCUUUGGGCAGAAAAUCCCUCUCAUAG